AUGGCCCCUGCUCCGGCGAGCGCUUUGAGCGCAGACUCACUCCUCGACUACAUGGUCAAGAGCCUACCGACCCCGCCUUCUGACUCGGACCAAUCCACCGCCCUCAUCAAAGAUCCAUUCGCCGCCAUUGCCCUCUUCUCUCAUGCUUGCAUGCUCGCAGUUGGCUUCCGUCUGGUUGGACUGGGAGAAGACCACAAGAUAGAAGCACAAUCAGACCCUCAGGAUGUUCAACCCUUGCCUUCCGAGUGGGACAAGUCUUCCUCCUACGCUUUCCGCUAUGCUCAUUCACAGUCCGCCAUGGAGUAUCUCAUCAAGGUAAAUCGACUGGGAGGCAAGGCUAUCAUAUUCGGGGUCGGCAUGGGCGACGACAAGACCGCCUCGUUUGAGGUCAAAGCCAAUGACUACAUCUCUGAGGGGUCAAUAAAAGAGGCAACAGCCUCGACCUCCAGCAACCUUCCCGCCCUGCGGAAUGUCUUCAUAUCCAAUGGACGGAUUUCAGACCUCGCAUCGCUUUUCAGGCUCAACAUCAUCCAGAAAUUGGCUCCGGGAAUCCAAAAGGCCGGGUAUGAGGAUACAGGUUCUUCCACCCUGGAGCAGCCACGACGGCAUGAGGAAACUCGCCCUCCCGAGCGCGACCCGUUACGAGACGAUCAUCCUCCACCUGCCCGGCCCUACCCUUUCGACGACCCACUAGCUAUACCCCCUCGAAGACCUCACCCGCCUGGAGACUUUCCCCCGCCGGGUUUCGAAGAUGAAUACGAAAUCAAUCGACCUCCACGGGGCAUGCUACCAGGGAGUCAUCAGCCUUUUGGAAACAUAGGGGAAAGAGACCUCUAUCCUCCCGGGCUCGGUCCACAUGAUCCUCUUAGGAUGGGACCCGGAGGCGGUUUUCACGGCGGUGGAGGCAUGCACCCUACGUUUGACGAUCCUUUAUUUGGCGGCCAGGGGGGUCAGAGACCUUUUGACCCUCAAGCGCCUCCGGGAGCUCGAUAUGACCCGGUUGGCCCCGGUGAUGGUCCUCCAAAUCUUCGAGGAGGGCCCCGGUUUCCAGGAGGCGGUGGUAGAGGAGGAUGGGGCAACAAUCCGUUUGGCGGGUUUGGAAGCGGUGACUUUAUAUAG